CCUGUGCUAGAGGGCUUUAAACCUAGCUGCCUGCUGCCUCCUCCUGGUGCUCAUCUUUGGGGAGGGGGAAAAAAAAAGAAGCCUGAAUGGUUGCUAGGAGCGACUAACAACAAACAGCAGUCCUCGCAGCUUACAGCAAGAAGCUACGGAUAGUAACGCAGCGAGAAAAAGAAAAAAAAUUACAACCUUAGAGCUCAAAUUAGAUCUUCAUCUUGGGGUGACUCGAGAUUGAUGUGCAAUGUUGAGUCCCGCUUUGGCAGUUUUUCCAGAGAUGAGCUGGGAGGAAUGUUACGCUGUUCCCGGGGCCAAUGUUGAAAACAAGGCUUUAAUUGAAGAGAUCCUCAGGAAGAGGAAGGAACUAUCGCAAUUGAUAAGCAGGAGAGAAAAUCAUAAAGACCAAACACAACUGGCAACGGAAUUCCUGAAACACGUUGAAGCAGAGCUGCACAAUUUGGAGGCCCUAUGCCAGGCCAAAGACAGAGAAGCAGAUCUGGAGACGCACUUCACUGCCAUCGCCCAGAGAGAAAUUGGCCACCUGGCGCAGGAAACCGCUCAGAUGCGAAAUGAGCUUCGAUCUUUGGCCGAGAGGAAGAACACGCUUGAGGAUCACAUCUUCAAGGCGAAACAGAAGCUGCAGCGCUUUCGCACUCAAAUGAACUGGGACCAGCGGGCCAUGGAUUCUUUUUUGGAGGAGUCGGCACGAAAAGAGGACGACGUGAUGGCCAUCGUCAAGUAUUCGCAGCAGGAUGAACAGAGGAUCAAGGGCCUCACUUUGGCCAUCGAGAGGACAACGCUGGAGGCCAAUAAGAAGCGCAAAGCUCUUGACAUGCAAAUGACUGAAAAUUUAUCUGUACAGAUUGCUUUAGACAAGACAACGGAGCAUUUGCAGCAGGCUCAUCGGGAAACCGAGAAGAUCAUGCACCAGUGGGAAAACACCAUCCAACAGAUGAAGCAAAGAGAUGCUGAUACACAACACUGGGCUCUGAAUCUCGCAGAGACCAACCGGCUCAUCAGGGAAAAGAAUGGCCAGUUGACAGAAAUGAAGCACUUGUACGACUCGCAGAUGAACGACAACAAGGAAAACGAGAGGAAAUUGACCGCAGCCAAUCGUCAGGCUGCAAAACUGCGGCAGGAACUGAAGGAGCAGGAGAAGAAUUAUUUGGAGUUGAAGGAUGAGGAAAAAAGCUGCAAAACCUCGCUGGAUAAAACAGCUUCCACCGUGGAGUCAAUGAAGUCCCACAUCGCCAGGCUCAAAGAUCAAAUCCAGAAAAACAAUGUCAAACUCAAGCAAACCUUGAGCCAAAAUUCGGCCCUUGAGGAGAAGCUGAAAGCUGUGACGCAGAACGCCCUGAGCGAGAAAGAGAAAGCUGCCCAAAUGGAACAGUUCCUCACAGACGAGGAGCAGGCCAUUAAGGAGUUGGAUGUCCAACUGCGUGACUGCAGGGAGGAGCUCUUCCGUUGUAAGCAGCAUGUUGACAACCUCAAGAGAAUGGAGAAGGACUCUUUGGCACAAGAGUUGUGGGGCAAAUCCACCAUCAGCAAUUUGGAACGAAAGCUCAGCAAACAGGAGAAGCAUUUGAGGAGGCAGCAGAUGAUCAUGAGUGAAAAAGACUUCCAGAUCGUCUUUCUGGAGAAGAAGCUCGCUCGACUGCAAGGCGUUCACGACUCGGAUGAGAAGCAAGUGUUAGAAAUGAAGAUGGGUGAACUGACCAAAGCCCUCGACGACAUGAUGAAGACGUCCGGCAAGAUCAUCAACGCAAUCAAAGAAUCUGAAGGUGACAUUCGCUAUUUGAGGAAAGAGAAUGACAAGUCAGCAGCCGAGAAGGAAGAACUCUUCAACAAAGUUGAAGAGUUGAAGCUCAUCAACAAUAAUACUGAAAAAGAGCUGAAGAGACUUGGCCUCAAUAAGCAGGAACAGCUCGUAGAGCAGAACAUCUUCAAGCUGGAGGUGAAGCGCAAGAGGGACCUUCUGUUCAACAAAGCCAACGGCGUGCUCUCGUUGGAGAAAAGACAACUGAAUGUGAAGAAAGCCAUCCAAGGGAGGCAAGAGGAGAUCAAAAUCUACAGUCAAAUGCUCAGUCAGGAGCUGAAGACCACCGAGCAGGAGAGACAGAAAAUCAGCGCUGACCUGAACAGAAAGUUGUCCAAAAUUGAUGGCGUGAAGAAACAUUUUGAAGUUGUGACCUUUUCAAUGGCAACCUCUGGGGAGGAUGAGGAAGAUGUGGUGAAGUGUCAAGCUCGCUACAUUGCUGAGGCGGCGCUACAGAGAGCAGAACUGAUGGAGCAGGCGGAAUGUCUGACUGCCAAAAUACGCAAAGCCGAGCAAGAAAAUAAAGCUCUGCAGAACACAACGCUGCUGUUCAAUGUCAGCAAUUCAGGAUUCCACACGUCGGUCGCCAAAGCAAAAGAAUCCAGCCCAGAAUACCAGGAAAAAAUCAGGAUGGAAGAGCAGCUACGUUUGGUUGAAAGCACACUGAAGUACAAGAGAAGACAAGUUGGAGAGCUUCAGCAAGACCAACUGGAACUGAACAACACCUUGGACAGUCUCCUACGGGCGAAACAGGUGGAGAACCAAAAGAUCGAACACACACAGUCCGUCAUCAGCAAAUUGAAUCGGGAGGUUGCCUCUCAGCAGGAAAAGAUUAACAGAGCCACAAAACAGUGCUCUAAACUAACACAAAAGAUCCGCUGCUCAAGAAACACCAAGUCAGAGACUUUCGAGGAGAAGGACGUCAAGCUGAGACAGUUAAAAGAUUUAGACAGGAGUAUCAACAAGAUGCUUCAUGAUGCCACAAAGGACAGACCUGACCUCAGAUCAGUAUUGGAGAAGUACUUUCUACAGACCAACUUGUCUUUUCCGUCUCCUCCGUCCACACCCGGCAGCCACAGAAGCUCCAAGACCAAUUCAGCUCGCAUUUCCACCUCUGCCAGGUCUGACACACACAUUUGGAGCCCUAUUUUUGUGAUCAAUGCAAUUCUGGUGCGAAGUGCAGUCUUAACUUUGCACAUGGUUGGAAUGUUCCCUUUUUUGCGGGGUAUUUUCCUAGACUCACAAAUGUGGAAGAGGGCAACAGUUUCAGGAUGGGAUCAAAUUGAUACUGGGUGUUGACUUUGAAAUAAACAUUCAAUCAAUAAAAAAGUGUCAAUGUCUAAAUGUACUGUCCUCCAACCU